AUGGAGCAAUCGCUGGAUAGUGCGCGGUGGCGAAAGGUGCUCGAGGUACGGGGCAUGCUCAGGGCGUACAACCAAGCCCUCCAAGAACAAGCUAAGCUUGCAAGGCUGAGUAAUAAACUAAUGAAGGGUCAGGAAGGCACAAAUAUCGCUCACUAUGGCAAGGCUGGCUUCAAGCGCAUUGCGCGCGCCGUGAAUGUAAUGCCCAUCGGCGUGCUCGGCCUGUACCUUAUUAAGAGCCCACUCACCAGACUCGCCGCCAUUGUCGGAUUCUCGGCUGCAUUCUUAUUGGCUCUAGCGCUGUUCACCAAAGCGAGACUUGUAGAAGUGUUUGCUGCUACUACUGCCUUUGCCUCUGUACAAGUGGUUUUCGUAGGCGGACAAUCAGUUCGACAAGUGCGAGUGUAUCGUGACAGGUGCCAGUAA